UCAUUGGGUCCGUCAGUUUGUUUAGCCUAUGGUUCAGCCACCUUCUGAUGAGUACAUAGGUGAACGUUUAGACGCCUUGUCCAUGUUUACCAUAGUCUACACUCGAGUGUGGACUGCUGAUUUCCGGUUUUUGUCGUCGUGGUUUGCUACAACAAAAUCUCAGAGCCAUGUCUUUAACGACUAAAGUAUUAAAGUUAAUCUUGCUGGCUGGAGUAUCUGUGUUGAUAGUUCUUUACCUGCGACAUUGGAUGGCUAACAAACAGUAUGUAUUCACCAAGGAAGAUGUGGCUAUUCUGGCCAAACAGUAUGCGGGACAGGACCAUGAUCAGGCAUUCUCCAAGGUGGUGGUGGAGUUGAGGAAGAAGUACCCAGGCCACAUCCUACCAGACGAGGACCUGCAGUGGGUGUUUGUUAAUGCUGGCGGCUGGAUGGGCUCCAUGUGCCUCCUCCACGCCUCCCUCACAGAGUACGUCCUGCUGUUUGGGACAGCUGUCGAUACAGGAGGACACUCAGGUCGUUACUGGGCAGAGAUAUCAGACACCAUCAUCACAGGGACCUUCAGGCAGUGGAAGGAAGGAUCAACACACAGUGAAAUGUACUAUCCAGGGGACACCAUAGUCCACGGGGUUGGUGAGGCCACAUCAGUCCAGUGGAGUUCUGGGACGUGGAUGGUGGAGUAUGGCCGAGGGUUCAUUCCCUCUACCCUGGCGUUCGCCAUGGCAGACACGCUGUUCAGCACACAGGACUUCAUCACCAUGUUUUACACAGUACGGGUCUAUGUGAAGGGAAUGCUGCUGGAGGCCAAUACACUACUUACUGAAGCAGGAGUCUUCUGAGGAACUUAACUCCUGACCCAGGAAGAACUGUCAAAGUACUGAAUGCUUGGAAAUGGUCUAUGUUCUUGGACAUUGUAGGAUAGUUUAUUUUAAAGGAGAUUAGUCUGGACUGGUCUUCUUCCCUUUAGGAUGCCAAUACCUGUCUGGUAACACUGCUGAUUACAUCAGUUUAUAAAGGUGGCACAGCUUGGUGACUCUAGAUCUACUGGGGCUGGUAACCAGAUCCUAUUGUUGUUUUCACAGUCAGACCUGGACAUCCAGGCUAUUGAGCAGAGACUCUUUGGAUCAGAUGUCUUGAAUCCAACACCAGAACUACUGUUCAGUGCUACUAAUACGAAUCCUACAUGAUAUUAACAUACAAUAUUACACAUUGGAAGGAAAGCCACUGACAAGAGUUGGUAGAACACAAAAAAAAGAAAUAUCUGUCAUCCAUCAGAUUUAAUUUUUGCUUUGGGAAGUUUUUUGGGAGGGACAUGGAGGGUUGUUUUUUUACAUAUACAUUUCACAGGUUGUGCUAAUUGUAUUCUUGUUUAGCUCAACAAAUUAUUUACAUAAAUGCUCCAAAAUGCAACUGGUGGAAAAACCCUGUUUUCAUUUGGUCAUACACAUAGUCACUUUGGCAUUGAAAGGAGAAUGCAUAUAACUGAGUUCAAUCCACAACCGGCCGGAAUUUAGGCAACUGGUAAUAAGACUGUUCUUAGCAGACUUACACAGUAAAAUAACAGUUUAAAACAUAAUCCCAUACAUGCUGUACCAUCAUCCUUCCAGUGGUAUGGUGCACAAAUUAAUGGAAACAAAGAGUGACAAAAAAAUCUACACUUUGUAUUUGUAAUUACAAGAAUGUUUAAUUUUGGUGGAUUCCCUUGAAUCAUUAACAAAUAAAUAUAUUCCACAAGAAAAUUAUA